AUGUAUAACGUUAGAGCGCACCCCUACAACAAUUCAUAUCAUCUAUAUGAUUCAUAUCGUCCGUGCAUUCAUAAUGAACCACGUAUGCACGACUUUCACCAGGAAAUUGAUAUAAUGGUAGAAAGUUUUGUAAGGAACAAUUACGCACCCACUACCCUUCCCAUAAAAACUCUAAUAAGCCCUAAACCAAAAGCACGAAGAAGUAGCAUCCCGAGACCCCUAAAUUCCUUUUUGAUUUAUCGAAGAGACUUUCAGGCGAGAUUGUCAAAAGAGGCCGGACGUAAAUUACCGAUAGUUUCUAAAAAAGCGGGCGAACUUUGGAGAUGUGAAACGGAUGAGGUUAGAAAUAGAUACGAAAAGAUCGCGGACCUGGCGGGGGAAUUUCAUAAAAUACUUUAUCCUAAUUACGAAUAUAAACCAAACAAGAACAAAAGAAAGAGAUCCGCGAGAACAAAAAUGACAGAGCAAGAUCAAUACGGUCUUCAGGGAGCACCCUCUAUGAUAUCACCGCCUAUGAACAUACAAGUUCCUUUAUCUUUUGAAGAUGUCGACAAAAAUAUGUGUCGGGUCUUAAGAGGCCCAAAUUAA